AAAACGUUUUGCCGGUAGUGUAUAUAUAUUGAUAAAAUAUAAGCGCUUUAUAGAAUAUAACUUCAUUGUCCAUCAUUUAGGGUUAUAUUCUCUACUCCCAAUAACUAUUUCAAGUUACCUCUUCUCCUCACUUUCCCCUGUGUGUGUGUGCGUGCGUGCAUGUGUCAGGUGUGAGUGAGUGAGUGUGUCCCCAGAGAAACAGCAGCUGGUCCUUCCUCCACUGCCCAGAGGAGGAUGAGUGUGCCAACGGCCACCACCACUGUAACGUCACCCAGGACUGCCAUGACCUGACCCAGGGAUACCACUGCACCUGCAAGCAGGGCUACGUUCUCAGCCGUGCGCCAAGUGCAAAGACUCCUUCAAUGGCACACCAGUAAAUGAGCACCAGUGCUACCGGCAGUUCAACGUGGACAAUGAGUGUUUUGCGUCAACCCCCUGACAGCGUGGUCAUCACCUUCGCCCAUGAGGUCCACUCCCUGAAGUCCAGCCGCUUCUACAUUGCCCUGCGUGGUGUAGGCACCGAGGAGAGACGGGGCGAGUCCCAGGGCCUGCUCUUCCUCCGCCUGGACCAGGCUCACAUCGACCUGUUCAUUGUCUUCUCUGUUUUCUUCUCCUGCUUCUUCCUCUCCGUCUGUGUCCUCCUUCGGAAGAUCAAGCAGUUCAUGGACUUCCGCCGAGAGCAGAGGCAUCAUAUCCAGGAAAUGACCAAGAUGGCAUCCAGGCCCUUCGCCAAGCUCACUGUCUAUUUGGAGCCAGAGGAGCCCCAGCUCAUCUACCUGCCCUCCACAGAGGGGCAUUGUCGUUGGCAAGGCAGGCUGGGGGGCAUUGUAGUUGGUUAGAGGGGGUGUGCUGGAGCCGUCUCCUACAAACACGAGUCAGGCGCAGGCCUCACCAUCCACCACCACCACCUUACCCUGGGUGGAGGGGGCAACAGUGGGCAACACCUGCCCCUGCAUUACCUCAACACCCACCAGUAUGUCCCCACCAACACCACGGCCUCGCACCCCCACCACCACCCAUCCUCCCACAGUGGCUACCAGCACUUCUGCUGCUCCGACCCCUUCCUGUCCCAGCUCAUGGGCUUCUCCUACUCCACCUUCAAGGUGGGGCCCAUCACCCUGGAGCCCACGGACGACGGCAUGACCGAGGUGGCCACCGUCCUCAUCCAGCUGCCGGGGGGCAUCCUGGCCCCUAACCGCGCCUGCCUGGGGUCCGCCCUGGUCACACUACGGCAAAACCUCCAGGAGUACUGUGGUCACGGCAUUUGAGGGGGCCACCCCGGGGCGGGAGGGGGCGCAAAGUCCUGCUAGGGCAUCAGCACCUCA